AAAACCGGGCUCAAAUUAUAACUUAUCUAAAUCCUGCAAAACCCUCGACGCACUAGAGAGAAGAAGCUCCUACAACAAUGGCGAUUGUGACCACCAGACGAACCCUAACUUCUCUCUUUUCUCGCAUCCGAUCAUCAUCAUCAUCAUCAUCAUCUUCAACCUCUUCUCGUUCUCGAUUUGCUGUCUCUCUCAUCAACCACCACUAUGAAUCGGCUCAACUCGCUCCACGGGUUCCUGUUCGACUCAAAUCGUCCGGGUCGGGUUACUCUCCGCUGAACGAUUCGUCUCCGAACUGGAGCAACCGUCCGCCAAAAGAGACGAUUUUGCUUGAUGGAUGUGAUUAUGAACAUUGGCUUAUUGUUAUGGAGUUUCCCACGGAUCCUAAACCGUCGGAAGAGGAGAUGAUUGAUUCAUAUGUCAAAACCCUAGCUUCUGUUCUUGAAAGUGAGGAGGAGGCAAAGAAGAAAAUAUACUCUGUUUCAACUACAACUUAUACGGGUUUUGGUGCUUUGAUAUCCGAGGAGCUAUCCUACAAAGUCAAAGGUCUACCUGGCGUUCUUUGGGUUUUGCCUGAUUCAUAUCUUGAUGUACCCAACAAAGAUUAUGGAGGAGAUUUAUUUAUCGAUGGGAAAGUCAUACCACGGCCGCAGUACAGGUUCACUGACAGGCAGCAAAACACUAGGCCGCGUUCAAGACCGCGAUAUGAUAAACGUCGUGAGACAAUGCAGACUAUACGCAGAGAGCCCAUUCAAAGAGACGGGUGGACCCAGGAUCAAGGACAGACUGUAGCUCAACCAGCUGCAAGCCGGGGUCCAGGUCAAACUGAUGGGUCUAAUAGCUAAUGCUAUAAUGAUGUUGCUGGUUAAGUUUAUUGAUGUUAUUUUUUAAUGAUGUUGCUUGUUAAGUUAUCAAUGUUACAUUUUCUUAUAAUGUCAUAAUUAUGCAAUAGUUCUCCAUGUUUCACAAUUACUUGUAAUUCAAGUUAUUGGUUAUAGGACA